AUGAGCUUUAUGGCCAUGGAAUCUGCAGAAAACGAUGCUAUGGGAAGCUCAGUGCCCGAAAAUAACUAUGACCAGGAAAAUAGGUCAGAUAAUGAUUCACACGAAGAAUCUCUGAGCCAGCUUCCGCCGGAUUUGUCUGAAAAUCUUGAACAGGCACUUAAUGGAGAAUCUAUUAGCGGAAAUGGUAACUCAGAAACGCGAUUUGAACCAGAUAAGGCACUCGAAAGCUCCAAAAAUUUGAUCGAUAACCCGAACCUGAAAAUAGAUAUGCCCGACGCUCUGGACCACGAAAACUUUUCCAAACUGUUAGAACUGGAUUCUAAAAACGACGAUGAUCUGUUUUCGUCAGCAGACCUGUUGGAUCAAGAUAUACCGGAAGACCUGGACAAACUGGUUGACGAAAGCACAAAGGGCUUGCAGCACGAUGCUACUGCUACAAGUCCGAGAACCUCAAAGGAAGUAAGCGAAGAGCUUCAGCGUAGUGCCUCUGAACUGCAGCAUUCACAGCCGCCUUUAGAACACGAUGAGCAAUCUUAUCAAGACUCGUCCCACUCCUUGAACGGUCUCCAUAUAAACGCAGAACCUGACUUGUCGUCAUUGCACGACGACUCAUCGGCUCUUACAAAAGAACUAUACAACUCGGGUACUCUAUCGGCUGGUGCUGGAACACGAGAAGAUACGCCCACUUCAAUAUUCGAAGCGAAGCACGAAGAAGACUUCGGUGAACACGAAAAACAUGACCCUCUGUCGCCUUCCGAGUUUCAGGUUAUGUCGCUGCCGCCUCCUCCACUACCAGAAAAUGCAGUCAACAAACAAGUGCUUCCGGCCAACAAUGAAAACUCUCAGCUUACAAUGACUGAAUUCCAAGAUCCUACGACUACUGAUUCCGAGCAGUCAAAGAUCUCGGCUUACGCUAGGUUGGAUUUCCAAAGCUUCACAUUUUACGUACAGACUUUGCAAGUUAUCAUUGGGCGUCGUUCGGAAAAUGAUUUUUCCCACAAAGUCGAUGUUAACUUGGGACCUUCCAAAUCCAUCUCAAGAAGACACGCACAAAUUUUUUACAACUUCGGAACGGGACGCUUUGAACUUUCGAUAAUGGGUAAAAAUGGGGCUUUUGUCGAUGACGCUUUUGUCGAAAGAGGUAUAACGGUGCAGCUAAAGAACAAGGCAAAAGUUCAGAUAGGCCAAAUCCCUUUUCAAUUUGUGCUGCCGGAUCAAGAAGGUAAGGAGAAAAAAGCUGUCGAACCUACCGAUGGUUCAGCUUCUCUAAAAAUGACACUCAACAAUCAUAAAUUCCCCGAUGUUUCGAGGGACUCAACUUCGAGUGCGCUACCUGCAGAUGAUAAGGAGAUAGCCAAAAAGGAAGAGGGAGAAGUACCGGCACCAAAAAAAAAGCUGCCGCCGAAGAAAAAGGAAAAGAAAGAAGCGAAACCUCCCAAACCGCCCAAAAAGGUUUACACACUCGACGAGAUUCCUGUGGAGUACAGGACGAAACCUGCGGGUUCUUAUUCAAAUCUUAUAACAGCAUGCUUGAGAAAGUACUCAAGUCCAAAGGGUAUGUCACUGUCGGGGAUUUACGCUGGUAUCAGAGAGUUAUUUCCUUACUACAAAUAUUGUCCUGAUGGCUGGCAAAGUUCUGUCAGACACAACUUAUCUCUCAAUAAAUCAUUCAGAAAGGUAUCAAAAGAGGGGAAAGGUUGGUUGUGGGGACUCAAUGAAGAAUAUAUUGCAGAAAGGGAAAAGCAGAAAAAAAAACAGGCAGAGGCAGCGGCUAUUAAAGCCAAAGCAGCUCAAUUGAAGCUUGAGCAACAACAACAGCAACAAAAGAUCAAAAGGCCGUCAGGAGAUUUGGCUGCUUCCUCCAGUGUCCAGAUUAUGAACAGGCCCAGGCAACCCAACAUUUCCCAGACUUUAGCUGCUAAUAGGGCUGAUAGAAAGGCAACAGCCGACGGAAAUCAACGAACUAUGAAAUAUCUCCAAGAACAGCUCAUGAUUCUCACGAAAGAUCGCAAAGGAUUGGAUAAACAAGUCAUGGCAAGUAUUUUAACUCAAGCGCUUGCAAUGACAAUAAAUCAGGUUACGCAGGCUGCUAAAUCAAAGGGAAUUACUGGUAAUCCCCUCACAGCUUUGAUUGAUAAGAAUCCUCAGCACCUCAAUUUAAUUUUGGCUGCUGCAGUGAAUGCUGCCACGAUAAAGGUCACAAAUGGAUCUGUCAAGCAAUUAGUGACAAUGCCACCGCCCACUGCAAGUAACGUGAGCUCUGAAAACACCGCGACUAAUGCACAUGCUAAUUCUCCAAGUGCAGCUGCCCCAUCCAAUCCUCCUGUGCCGCCCUCCCAAACAACUGGACAAUCUUCUGAUUCAUUCGAUCCUAGCUCUUUAUCGAAAUUUUUUCAACCCAAGCAGCCCUCGCGAGUGGCAACUCCAAAUCCUCCGAGAAACGUUUUACCUCAGAAAAGGGCAUCAAGCGAAACCGAAUCAAGCUCUGGAGAAGAGUCUUCUAGCGACGAUGAUGGAAGUGAUACUGAAGGGAGCGAUGAUAGCGAUUCUUCAGAGAGCUCAGGCAAUGAAAACAGUAGUAGUGGGAAAGAUUCGUCGAGUGAGGAAGGGAGUGAUGCAGAACAAACAAGUUGA